AUGUCUCCCGCCGAACGCAACACCAACUAUCGUGCCAACCAUCGUACAUCGCAUACCGCACACUGCACCCGCCAGAAGUCUCUCCGCAACGGUCCUACAUACAUCUUCCUCUCAGACCCCGAAAACAGCUCACCGCCGCCCCGAAUGGCUACUCCACCCUCCCAGCGACUUACAGCUCCCUCUCGCAUACCCACCACAAGGCCGACCUUGCGCAACAUGUCCGCAGCGACGAAAAACCCACCUUCAAGACUCCCGCGAAUCGCCGGCACCCCAAUGAGAGGCACACCCGUUGCUAGAACUCCCCGCGACUCUGCUGUAUGGUUGAAACUAUCCCCGCCUGAAUCUCCAAUCCGUCCUCUCGAUAUCCGCAAAGCUUCAAGCAGCGCCACAACAAGCCAGAUGAAACCUCUCCCCUCCGCCCCCACCGCCACCGCCUCGCGCGCCGCCAGCCCCGCCCAAGGAAGCCGCUCUCUUCUGGACGCGACCGAGCGGGAACUGUCCCCAUCCCAGUUCCCCGUCCUCUCAGCCACGCCACCAGGAGCCGUUUCGGCAUCCCCGUCCUCGCCCUCAGGACGGGGAUCCAAUGACAAGAGAAGCGGCCUCCCGCGGGCGACCUUCUGGCCUGGUGGCCGAGACUCCCUCACCUCGGACCGCCCAGCGACGUCGCCCGGGAGGGCAUACUCCCCUCCCGCCACCAGCUACUCGACGGUGAGGCCCGUCCGCAACUCCGCCGCCUCCGCCGCCUCCGCCGCCUCCCUCUCCUCCACGCCGCGCAAAGGGGUGGCCUCACAUCUCGACGUGAGGCGCACCAACGCGGCCCUACUCGUUACCAUCCCCACGGUAACGACGCCUCCCCAGCCUGCCGAGCAGGCUGUCCCUAGCCUGAACGGGGAGGUUGCCGUGAAGAUGGAGGAGGAAGCGGCGCCCGCGCCCGUCGUUCACCGGAGCGCUGAGCAGCGCGAUGAUGGUGGACGCGGGAGGAAGGGCCUCUUCCGGGGCUCCAAGAGCAAGGAGAAUCGCUCAAAGUCCAAGAGCCGCAUGGCCUUGGAGAAGAUGACCGGUUUCAUACGCAAGCGAGCCUCCCAAGUGGAGAUGAUGCCCGGCUCCCGCCCACAGGUCUCGGCGCCGGUAGAGGGCUCGUUUGUGCACCAAAUUGACCCCAACGAUGAAACCGUGCCGUCCGUGCCUGCCCUGCCUGCCGCCAAGCCGCUCAUCCCAGACCGUCCGCCGCCAGCCGUGCCUACCAGCCAGCCAACUGCCUCGCGUGCUCCUGGACCAAGCCAAAGCCCAGCCCAAGCCAACGAUGUGGACUCGGACGAGGACGUCGACGAGCAGCAGGAAGAGAACGAAGAGACUGACCUCAUAGCAGCCUCGCAGCACCUCCGCAGCCUCGCAGACGAAGCCCUCACCGACGAGACCAAGAAGACCUUCCUGGUCCUCGCAAAGUACCAUCUAAUGCACAAUUAUAGGCCUUCGGCGAGACCAAAGUCCUCGUCACCGAAACCGCCAUCGCCAUGGAGAAAGCCAAGCGCCAUGCCCAGGAUGCGAUGUGGUACUUUAGUGGAGCCAAAAUCAAUGCAAUGA